AUGGUUGAAUGGGCCGAUACUCAAAUACAUAUCCUCAUUGAUGAGCAUAGAAAUAGAAAUGAAGAAUAUCAUAAUUUUGGAAGGGAUCGAAUCAGAUUUUGGGAUAGCAUCGCAACCAGAAUUAAUCAAGAACAUAAUACGAGCUUUAAUGGACACCAAUGUAAAGAAAAAUUUUCGAAUAUUGUUCGGGAUUACAAUUUGAUGUGCGAUUAUAUGGCAGGGAAUCGAAGGGCACGAAGAAGUCGAACAGGUGCGCAAUACUUUGAUAAGUUUCGUACGCAUUUCUGGGAGAGGCCUGAAGAUGAAUUCGACAGAAUCCAUACUCUUAAUACCUCAAACCGUAGGCAAAAUAGAGAUGUGGGAAAUAUAACACCAACACCAUCUAUUGAGGAAGUUGAGCAUAGAACAUCUGUUGAAGUCGAAGAAGUCGAAGAAGUCGAAGACGGUCAGCAUCCUCGUGAUGAUACCAACAUUAAUACAAACAACCCUGAUGGGGUGAAUCCUGAAAUAUCAACUCUUCAACCACCGCCUUAUGAGGCCACAGAUGAAACGCAGAAUAUUAGCCAGAGGCUAGCUCACACUAAUUCUUCAAAAAUGAAUCAGAGCCAUGUCGUUUCUAGCCACGAAGUAGCUAACUCCGGCAAUAAUUUAACACCUAAUUUGCUAAAUAUGCCCUCAUCUCAAAACGAAAGUGAUGUUAGUAUGCACGAUGUAGACCCUUCAGGUCAUUGCUCGCAAUAG